UUUGUUCAACUUUAACGUGUGGGAUAGAAAAAACUAUUAAGUGUACAUAAUGGCUCAAGGAAUAUUACCUUUACAAACAACUCAAGCAUUAUGGUUACUUUCACAACGUCCUCAAGACUUUGUUUUCAUUCCAAGAGGUCCAGUUGCAUUGGAUGUGCCAAAAAGUUUCUUCCCACCACGUCUUGCUGAUAAAGCUGACAAAAUUAUUGAUAAAUAUGAGGGUAAUCCUUGGUUAAAGAGGAUAAGCGUUUUGGAUAUAGAAGAACCAAAUUUAGAUUUUGCUGCCCGAAAUGGAAGAAGAGAUCCAUUUACAUUGUUCAAUCCGAAUGACAGAAAUGUAAGUUCUCAAUUGAUUUCGUUGUUAAUGGCGCAAAAGGAUCCAAAGAGUUUGAUUUCAAUGGCAGCAUAUAUAAGAGAUCGCGUGAAUCCUUUCCUCUUUCAAUAUGCUUACUCAGUAGCCUUGCAACACAUGCAAGCCACAAAAGGUAUUGAAAUGCCUUCAGUAGUUACUCAAUUUCCAGGCAAUUUUAUUGAUCCUACAAUUCUUCGAGAUGCUAAAGAAGAAACAAGUAUUAUUCCUUUGGACAAUACCGAUAAGAACAUUUUUGAAGUUCCACUAAACUCUUCCCAACGCGAUGAAGAACAACGAAUGAAUUAUUUCCGUGAAGAUAUCGGUAUCAAUAUGCAUCACUGGCAUUGGCAUCUUGUAUUUCCAAAUCAUGGUCCAAUUGAGGUUGUGCGUAAGGAUCGUCGUGGGGAGCUUUUUAUGUAUAUGCAUAAUCAGAUCCUUGCACGCUACAAUCUCGAUCGAUUUUGUAAUAAUCUUGGGAGAGUUGUUCCACUGACAAAUUUACGAGAACCAAUUCCUGAGGGAUACUAUCCAAAGUUGUUAGAAUCGGUAUCAAGUAGAACAUAUCCACCCCGAAUGCCAAUGCAAAAGUUACAAGACAUGAAUCGUCCUGAUUUGGUAACAACUUUGGCUAAUCUAGAACUUUGGACAAACAGGAUAAUUGGGUCUAUAGAUCGAGGAGCUGUUUUUGAUCCUACAGGAAGAGAUAUUCCACUGGAUGAAAAAAAUGGAAUUGAUCUCCUUGGGAAUUUAAUAGAAUCAUCUCCGUUAUCGAUUAACCGACAAUUCUAUGGUGAUCUUCACAAUAGAGGUCAUUUGAUUAUCUCCCACAUUCAUGAUCCAAACGCGAGAUAUACCAAGGAAUAUGGUGUUAUGGGAGAUACCAUUACUUCGAUGAGAGAUCCAAUUUUCUAUCGUUGGCAUAUGUUUAUCGAGCUUUUUGGUAUGAGACAUAAGGCUUUUCUGCCACCUUAUCAUCCUCAGGAAUUGGGUAGUGAACAAAUUAUUAUCGAAGACUUCAUAACGGUCUGUAAGUCAAAGGGUUCCCAACCAAAUGUUAUGAAAACGUUUUUUCAAAAGAGCGAUAUUGAUAUUGGUAUUAAUCUUGAUGGAUUGGAAAAAGAGUCUUCAGCAACAUUUAGAUUUACGCAUCUUGCUCACGAACCAUUUGACUAUCGUGUAUCUGUUAUUAAUGGGGGAGCUCCUUUAGAGGCAACCUGUAGGAUUUUUCUACUUCCCAUAGAAGAUGAGCGUCAGGAAAAACUAACACUUGACGAACAACGUCUUAUGGCUGUGGAAAUGGAUCGUUUUUCAACAACUUUAAAACCGGGUCAAAAUAUAAUACGAAGAUCUUCAACUGAUUCCAGUGUAACAAUACCAUUUAAUCAAACUUUCAAAGCGAAUAAACUUCCUGGAGAAAUUAAAGAUCCUGUUGAAGUUUGUUUGAAAAAUUAUUGUAGCUGUGGUUGGCCUAAUCAUAUGCUGCUACCAAAGGGUACUUACGAAGGAAAAUUGUUUAAAUUAUUCGUAAUGAUUUCAGAAGAUACUCUUUCGCUUGGUAAUGUGAAUGCUAUGCCAACUUUUCUAGACUUAAAUGCACAAUUUAAGGGUGAAAGGAAGUUACCAGAAAAAAAUAAUAACAAUUCUUUUUCGUUCUGCGGUCUUAAAGAUCAAAAAUAUCCGGAUGAACGAAGCAUGGGAUUCCCAUUUGAUAGGAGAUUACCAGGUCUAUAUUUGGAAGGACUUUUGGAAAAUUUUAAGAACAUGAAAACUUGCGAUUUGAAUAUUGUUUUUCGCGAUCAAGUAAAUGAAUAAAAUUUUGUUUUAUGCAUAAUAGAUACAUAUAAGUUUUUUUGUUUGUU